UGGAUCGUAAACGUCAGUUAGGAAGAAACACCGACGGUCUCUGUCUAAUAAAAAAUUAUCUUUUUGUAAGAACAUUUUUUGAAUAAAGUAUGGCGAAUAUGAAAUACACGAAUUUGUCUAUCAAAUUUUACAAUCAAUAAUAACCGAAAUACAUGUGAAGUGAUUCUUGCUGUGUAAUAUUUGACUGAAUAGUUGCGAAAGUAUUGUUGAUAAGGGCGACACGUCCCAUAUAAAGUGAAAUUAUUUCCGUCUGACAGAAAAAAUGAUGAAUUUUACACCUUCAAUAGUGAAACGUUUAUUGGCUUGGAAAAAAGGAAACGAGGAAUCAUCAAUUGAAGGUAGAUGGUCUGAAAAGGCUGUAAAAAGUUUGGUCAAAAAGCUGAAGAAAUCGGGAGCACUGCAGGAAUUGGAAAAGGCAAUAUCAACGCAUAAUCCUAAUACAAAAUGCGUGACGAUACCAAAAGUUCGUCCGGCAAACGGUGAGAACGGCGCCGCUCAUCGAAAAGGUUUGCCACACGUUAUUUACUGUCGAUUGUGGCGUUGGCCAGAUUUACAAAGCCAGAACGAAUUGAAAUCGCUCGAACACUGUGAAUACGCAUUUCAUCUGCGACGAGACGAAGUAUGCAUCAAUCCCUAUCAUUAUACGAAAAUUGAACAACCAUUGGCAUACGUAUUGGUACCAAAAAAUAUUCAACCGAUCGCUGCAGAUUCAAUACAACCAUAUCCAUUAGAUGAGCUCAGUAAUACGGUGCCACAUAACAUUCAAUACAAUGCAUUGAGUUUGCAACAAACACCAUACAUGGAGGCCACACUCAAUCAACAGAUUCCAGGCAACACAACAAUUAUGGACUCUGCCAAUGUUAGUGUGGGCAGUGUAAGCAGUAUACCGAAUACUGAGACACCGCCACCUGGAUACAUGUCCGAAGAUGGUGACCCAAUGGACCAAAAUGAAAACAUGAGCAUGACACGAUUAUCUCCGAGUCCAGCAUUAGAUGCCCAACCUGUGAUGUACCACGAACCAGCAUUUUGGUGCUCAAUUGGCUACUAUGAAUUGAAUACUAGAGUUGGCGAAACAUUUCACGCAUCUCAGCCAUCUAUAACCGUAGAUGGCUUCACCGACCCAUCGAAUUCCGAAAGAUUUUGUCUGGGACUACUUUCGAACGUCAAUCGCAAUGAAGUGGUUGAACAGACCCGUCGCCACAUUGGCAAGGGUGUACGUUUAUACUACAUUGGCGGUGAAGUAUUUGCCGAAUGUUUGAGCGAUUCGAGCAUUUUCGUGCAAAGUCCGAACUGUAAUCAACGAUAUGGCUGGCAUCCGGCUACCGUUUGCAAAAUUCCACCAGGAUGCAACUUGAAGAUUUUCAAUAAUCAAGAGUUUGCAGCGCUACUUUCACAAUCUGUCUCGCAGGGAUUCGAGGCAGUCUAUCAACUAACCAGAAUGUGUACAAUUAGAAUGUCGUUCGUGAAAGGAUGGGGUGCUGAGUACAGACGACAAACUGUUACAUCAACACCCUGUUGGAUUGAGUUGCAUUUGAAUGGACCGUUACAAUGGCUCGACAGAGUCUUAACUCAGAUGGGAUCGCCAAGACUUCCUUGCAGUUCAAUGUCUUAAAUGCAAUAGAUUUAGGCGCGUUGAUAAAGAAGUAAAAACACAAAUUUAAACAUGAGAUACAUUUAACCAUAAGACAAAAUGAUUACAUUAAAAGUGUAUGUAUGUUACACACGGGUUGAUCCGUAAAUUUUUAUUGAGUAAAGAAAAAAAUGAAAACAAACAAACAAACAAGAAGUUCUAAUGAUAAGAAAAAGAAGAAAAAAAAAUGUUAUAAAUGAGGACGAAGUACUGUGCAGCUCUAUUAUUUUCUAAGAUUGCUACAAAAAAAUAUAUAUCUGAGAGUGUGAAGUCCUUCUCUUUACGUUUUGAGAUGUAAGUGCGACGCAAAUAUCAUGGCGGAUAUUUUUUUAAUUAAAUUUCUUUUUUUGUUCUUCUAAAUGUUGAUGAUCUUGAAUCAAACAAUUUUUUGUAACGAAACAAACAAAGAGAAAGUGGAAAAAAUCGAAUAGAAAUUUUUAUCAAAAUUAAUUAUAUAAAAAACAAAAAAAUGUGAUUUGGAAAUGGAACCGAAUUGGCUUUAUGGUGAUACGAAAUAUUUUUUUAAAAAACUAAAUUCUAUUUUUUACGUCAACAAAUGAACGAGAAAUUGGAAAUUAUAGAUUUUGGGUGCAAUUAGAACGUAGAAUGAAAAAAAAAAAUUGGAAAAAUUUGAAAAGAAAAAAGUUUUUGUUUUUUUUUUGUUCGGCGAAAUUUUACUGUUCAUUUGUUGAGCCAGAAAUUUGUUAUAUAUUUUUUACGAAAUUUAAACGCCGAUGUUUUACUAUAUAUUUACAACAUCCAAUUUAUAAAUUUAUAUUUGCGACAUAGACAAAUUGAUCAAUUUGAUUUGGCUUGUCCGAAUUGUGAUUUUUCAUUCAUAAGAGAUAUAAAAAUAAAAAUUUAUUGACAAAAAAUAAGAAACAAACAAAAUUUAGACGAAAACAAAAUAUUUUAACAAAUUGUAAUAAAGAUGAGAGAUGAGUUUUUAUGGAAAAACCAACAUUUAUAUUGAUUGGCUCAGCCAAUUUAUAAUAUUUUUUGCGAAAGUAUAAAUUUCUUCGUUAAAUCAAAACUUUUAAAAUUCAUUUCGUUUUGCCUUGAAAUUUUUUUAAAAUUUAAACUUUUUAUUCGACUUUUAAAUACGAUUUUUAAUUAUCAAUUUUGAUUUUAUAAGUUAAGGAAUUUUGAAAGAGAAAAGAAAAUAAUUUCUUCGAGUGUUUUACGAAGAAUAAAUUUACCGGAAGGAUUUUCAUUGACAUUAGUCACUGAUUGGUAGAAUGGUGAUCAAAAAUUAUCUAAGUUGCACUCAAUUCAACUUUAGUGUAAAAGAAUUAACCUGGCUGAACUAUCACAAUAAGAUCGGUUUUACAAAUAAUACAACCGAACAGAAAAAAAAAAUAGUUUCAGAUCUGUUGUUCCUUCUCCCUUUUCACAAAAAACCCGUUUAGUUUCACAAAAUACAAUCUGAUUCAGGACCGGAUUGGCUACCAAAGGGCGCUCAUGUGAAAUGUAGGAGAAGGUUAAAAAGAAGAAAAAGCGCCAAAAAGCUCUAUUGAAAGGCGACAAUACAGCAAAUUCAAUAAAAUUACUGAAGGAAUUAGCCCCUGGUGAAAAACGUCUCAAAGGCUCGAAAUACGUAUUCUUACUGUCUCCUCAAAUCUAUUGUCUUUUGAGACGUGAGACCACGUAUUUCGAACUUUUGAGACCUUUAUUGUCACCCGAGUACUAAAGGUGAUUUUACAAGUUACCUUACAUGGCCAGGCCAGAUCUUAUCUGAUUAACUUAGUGUGUGCCCCGCUCUUUCAUAAUAUUUAUGCAUUCACACAGCAACUGAAAUGUGCCCGGUGAUGUUAUUUCGGUGUAAAUUAUAAAACGAAUUUUAAACAAAUUAUAAAGAAUCUUCGCUCAGCGUCAGCUGUACCGACGUUUUUCACAUUUUUGUUGCAGUGUUUGUCUCGAUGCUACGCUAGUAUAUAAAAUCAAAAAUGUCUGAAAGUGUAGGAUCUUUUGUUGCUGAUCUCUCUAUUAGUUCAUGGAUCAAUAAUCAUACAUCUAAUUCCAAAUGCGAUCGGAAACAUUUUAAUUUUACUACCCAAUCCCAGUUACGAACAUUGCAUUUCAAAAUGAAAUCCAGGAAAUGGAUUCAAAUUUCGUUUAACUGAUCGAUUUUCAAUGCUAGAUGGAACUUAAUCGACGACAGAUCAUAUGCACUGCAAAUGUCAGACAAUUUAUGACUGGAUUCGAAUAGAAAACGGGUUAGAGAUGCUAAUUGAUACAGUACUGGUUUGAGUGGUUUUAAAUUUUUCUUUCAUAUAAUCUAAUCAGAUUCAAGAUAGUAGCUCGUUAGUUUCUAUACCAGGACUCAUUUAUUAAAUUUAGCUUGUCAAUAUAAGAUUCUCGGAAAGUUUAAUCAGAACAUUUUUGUUAAAAUGAAAUAAAUGGCUAGUCAUGUGCUAUCGAAAAUGACGACAAGACGAUGCGUUAUACAGAGGAGUGUAUGAUCAAAAUAUUGAAGGAAUAGAUUUCGUAUUAACAGCAUUGAGAAAUACCUUACACAAGUAACGGAUUCAAUAAUUUUGGUUGCGUUACGCCUGCCGUUUCUAAAAAGUUUAAGCCAGCGCCUAAACUAAUAUGAUUUGCAUCGUACAGAAACGUUACAGUUUAUGUACAGUUUAUAAUCUUCCCAGUGAAUUUGACUAACUGCAUUUCACACGAAUUGUCUUAGUUUUAAUUAAUUUUUUCUUCCUUUUAUUUUUUCAAUUCGAAGAGAUUUUGUAGAUUUGUAUUAGAAUUUAACUAUUGAUGAAGAUUCAGAUUCAACUAAACAAACAACUGUAAAUAGCCAUAUUGUUCACUAAUAAGAUUGAAAAUAUUAUUAUCUUUUUAGUAAUGAAGUUAAUUAUAGAUUAUAGAGCAAAACAAAAAAGGAAGAAAAUCUUUAAGAAAUCAAUCAUUAUACGAAAGAGAAUAUAUAGAGAGAAAAUAAAAAUUAUAAAUAACAUACAGAGCCCACCCCCAAUACAAUCCAUAGUAAAUUUUGAGUACUUCCACUUUAAACGCGAAAAAUUGACAAAUUUUUAAAGCAAAGAAAACAGAAAAAAGUUCAAAACACACACACACACGUCUUGGUAUACAUUCGUUUGCAACUAAGAUAUUUAAAUAGAAAAUCAUUUUUAACUCACUAAAUAGAAAACCAAAAAA